AUGGAGAAGUGCUCCGCCAUCAGCGAGCCUCACUUGGAGGAGGCCAUCAAAGCGGGGUGUCCCUGCAAGCCGUACCUGGAUCUGGAGAGAGACGGGGGGCUGCCGGACGGGGAGACCCUCGAGACGGUCAUUGCGGCCUUUGAGGAGGCAAUCACGAUCGUCUUCAACUUGGACUACGGCCUCAAGCUCCCAGCGGAAGCCUUCAACUGGAUCCCCUGCGACUACGGGCCGGGCGGCAAGUUUAGCCUGCACCUGGUCGUCUCCUCCCAUUCCCCCCAGUUUGUCUUCCGGUCCAACCUGGCAGCCCCGGCGGACCCUCAGGGAGCGGGCCAUCUCGCGAGAAAGCUCGGCCAGCGCUUGCCCGACCGCUAUGCCGAGCUCAUCGACCAGUCGGUGUACACGAGGAACCGGGGAAUCAGACUCCCCUACUGCUCCAAACCCUCCACUCCUCAAAGCCGCCUCAUCCCCCUGGACGAGAGCAAGCCGUACGCGGACGCCUGCAUCACCUGGUUCGAUGACCACGUCCAGACGAUCAAGGUCCCCAGCAGCGAGAUCCCCGACGUCGUGCGAGCGGGGCGUCCCCGCAGCAGGCCCGAGCAUUUCCGGUACCAAAGCCCCAAGGUCGCAAGCAUGUAUGAGAUCCAGAGGUGCACCGAGCUCAUCCAGACGCUGCACCCGACGGCUUACCGCAGGGGGUCGGCAAACUCGCUGAACUUCAGCUGGCACGAUCGGAGCGAGCCGUGCUACUCGGGGCACGUGCAUGCUGGGGGGAGGGACAUCCUCUGCAUCGCGGCCCCGGAGAAGAACGCAGUCUUUGCCAAGUGCUGCAGCGAGCGAAUCGAUCCAACGACGGGCGUGUGCUGCAAGGACCUGCCGUCCAAGUACCUCGGGCCGUACUGGGUGGAUUGCGAUACGUGGAAGGACGGUGCUGUGGAGAUCGACAUGAAAUCCGUGGCGGCUUCCGCCCCCUGA